CUUCUUUCUAUUGUCUCGGAUUUAUUUUUUCUCCUUCUUUGUCUAUGCUCUCGCCUAUGGCAAUCUCUUUCUAUUAUCACAUAAAAAAUUUAACACAUAUGCCGUCCAAUUUAAUCUUGAGAAAUCUUUUCUUCUAAAGAAGACUCUAAACUCUUACCAAAAAAAAAAAACUCUAAUCGCCCCAAAUAUUUUUGUCAUCUACCUGUUCGAUCUCGUCAGAUCUGGUUUUCUGUCUAGCUUUCUCGGUCAUUUCCUAGGAUUGCAUAACACCUUCAGCGUGUUUGAUGUAUUGCCUAACCAUACAGCAUGUUCAUGUCAGAAUGGAUGAGGUCGGGCAAGCUGUCGAGAAUGUGAAGAAGGAGUGGGAUCAGACAGUUGUGCAAAUCCAGGAACGCGUCAAAGCCAUUGAAGGAUGUGGAAAGUAUAGAAGAGGGACGGAGGAGGCAAAUUCUCUUCCUAGACUGAAUGGUGCUGCACAUGAUGGUCUGGCAUUGCUUAGAUCAAUGCAGUUUCGGCUUGAUCUUCUUUCCCGACAGCUGCCUAUGAUUGAAGAAUCACAGUCUGCACAUUCAACUUUAGAAUCAUGGAAGAAACAAUACCAGAAUUUGCAUAUGAGCCUAAGGAAUGCUAACUUGCAAGUAAAGAAGAACAUCCGGAAAGCUGCUUAGGAGGAGAGAGAGCUUCUUUUAGGAGGUGGAGAAGAGUCUACAAUCCACAGGCAUAAUUUACAAUAUGUCUUCUGAAUUUAGACAAAGGUUGGGAUGACAUCUACUAUGGAAAGCAUUAUCGAGAGCCUUCAGCGUACUUGUCAACUGAUGGUUCAAGAGGUGGAAAGAAGUGCAAACACAUUGGCUACUUUUGAGGAAUCAACAAGUGUUCUAAAGAAAGCUGAAGGUGAGUACAAAGGACACCGCUCUUUGCUGAUGCGCACUCGUCGCUUGCUUUCCACAAUGCAAUGUCAAGAUGUUAUGGACAGCAAAGUGAUACUGGUGACAGGAUUUCUCAUGUUCUUAUCCACGGUGCUGUAUGUUGUGUCGAAAUGGGUUGGGCUGCUAAAGUUGCAGAGGAAGCUGCUUGGAGCCAUCAAGGAAGGUUCAAAAGGACAUGAAGAGGUGGCUGUGGAAAUCCAGAGAGAGGCAGUUGGAGAUUGCUUGAAUCAUGCACCAGCUCAUGGAAAUGCAGUUCCCCAAGCAGAAAUACCAGUGCCACAUGUCUAUGAUGAACUUUGAAACAAUCAAUCUUACAGCUUUAAGUUUUAUUGUUCUA